UGGACUGGUUUUGGAAAUGCCCAACGACUCUGUUUCCCUCCCUCCACUUCUAACAUCUUCCACCCUCCGAACAAGUGUACAGCUCAGCUUGACCAUAGGACUUUUAACCCCCAUCCCCUCCCUCUCAACCCUUCCUCCAAUUGCCCAUCUCUCUCUCUCUCUCAUGGAUUAUCACCAAAGGGCCCAUCUCCCUCCGCCACCUUACAUGGUGCUAUCGGAGCAAGGGGGUGACUCGCCUCUCCGACCUCCGCCCCACCGCCGCAACCUUCCCCGCUACUAUUCCCACCGCUCCAGUAGCUCCUGUAGCUGCAGAUGCUGUUGCUGUUGCUGCUGCUGCUUCCUCCUCCUCUUUCUCAUCAUCAUCAUCGCCGUCGCUGCCUUCAUCUCUUUGGUCGUCAAACCCAAGGUUCCCUCCUAUUCCGUCGACAACCUCUCCAUCGGAGGCCUACGUUUCAACCCCGCCAGUCUCACCAUUCACACCAAGUUCAUCGUCACGGUGCGUGCAAAGAACCCCAACGACAUGAUCGGGAUCUGGUACAGGGAUGGCUCCCGUGUCAUGAUCUCGUACCGCAACACAUCCUUGUGCUCCGGCCGCCUCCCGAGCUUCUACCAAGGGCACCACAACACGACGGUGAUGCAUGUGGUGUUGGAGGGGCAGAGCAAGCUCGGAGCCGGGGUCCAUGGGGUGUUCGAGGAGAACCGGCGCACGGGGCGGAUCCCACUCGACGUGUUCGUGAGGGUGCCCGUCAGUCUACGGGUCUUCAACACGGACUGGCAGAAGGUCACGGUGAACGUCACCUGUGCGCUUGUGGUCGAUGGCCUAUCGCCCAACAAGAAAGUCGGCAUCAGGUCGGCCGAUUACAAGGUUGCCGUGGAUCUGUAAAUUCUGAUGGUGAGUCGUUAGUUAUGCAUGGGAUUUGAUGUGCCUCCCGAAAACAAGGAACAGCUUGCCUUUGUAAACGUUGGAUUCGGGUGGGGCCUGCUACAAUCCAAUUGUAGGGAUUGACAUGAGAUAUGAGUGUGUUAGGGACGAGAGUUUAAAUCCUAGUAUGAUGUAUGUUCAAGAGUUCCUUGACUAUGAAAGCAAGGAUUUUGCUUUAAUGGCUAA